ACACAUUUCUGCUUUGAGAUGCAUUAAAAGGCCAAAGUCAAGCUCAUAAAAAAUGAAUGAUAUUAUUUAUAUUUGGUAGUUGAUGGGCAAAGAAAAAAAUAAGGGCAUGCAAAGCAGUCUGGGAAAGAAAAAUGACCUGAAAAAAGUCACAGCAUAGUAUUUCAUCAGAUAUCAAAUGGAUGGUCAAAAUUAAAAAUCCUAAAUACGUUGUUGGGGUUAUCACCAUUAUACUACCUGACUACCAGGACUAUCUGAAUAUAGACAGAAUGUGUUUGCUUUUUUGCUAUCUGUAAGCAACAAUUCCUUUUCGUUCCCUUAGUGUCAGUCACAAUAAAAGAUCCCGGAUGUCCUCCUGAUUCCGGAGCUAAGAUGGAGUGUUUUGCUUAUCUCUCCUCGUGUUCAAUUCCGAAUGAUGAUAUUUCCCCCAUCAUGAACAGUGCACUUCCCAAAACUAUAUUGCAAUGUAAAUGUAAGAAAACAUUUUGAUUGUUGUAUAAAAGAAAUAGAUCUCAUUUUUUCAUUUAUUUUUUUGUGCUUCUGUCCUCUAGAAUUAGAUGCAUAGAAGAACUUACUGGGUUUCGUUUCAUACUUUUUUGCUCGAUUCGCUGUGACGUCCUCGGUGCAUCUAUCAGAGGACAGACACACCUAAAAAUGAGAUCUAUUUGUUAACUAGACAUUUUCUUCCAUGAAAAAAACGUCUUAAUAUGAAUAUCUUUUCAUCAGGAGCACUUGAAAAUAUGCAGACAUGAGGCUGUAAAGUGCAAAUUGAAAGGAUGCAACAUGAAACUUCCGAAAUUUUUAAGGGUGAACCACAUAAACACAUAUAUAUGUAUAUGUCUAUGGGCUUUUAUUGGUCUCGAUAUUUACCACGAGUUGUAACUGUGUCCUUCAUUUUCUGUACGAUAUUUGCAGGGUCGAAAAAGUGCGCGUGAUGAGCACUGUGAAAGCGCGGUCCAAACACACUUCGACAUCGCCUGCGAGAUCAUCAGAGACAAUAAGAACCAGAUAAGCGCUCUACACAAAGAACUCGACCAGGUUCGUCUAGAACUACAAACAAAGUCGUGUGACCACAUGAAAGAAGUGAACGCCAUACGUGAAAAACACGAUAGAGCCAUCCGCGACUACAAGGGACGAAAGAGCCUCAAUUUAUACCAUCCAUGAAAAAGUUGAAACUCUUAAGAAAGAACUCGGAAUCGCCUCGGAGACGAUCCGUAAGGACAGGGAACAAAUAGCAACGGAACGUUUGUGAACGGACGGAACGUUUGUGUGGAGAAUCUGUAAUUACAUAGAUAAAUACAAAAUGGCAGUCGCUUUUGUUGACAACCAAGAAGUAGACGACGAUGACCGCGAUAGCGACGACGCUUCUGACUACGAUAGCGACGAAGACUAUGACUACGAUAGCGACGACGACCAUGGCGACGAAAGGGAAGACGAAGAUGACAACAGUGAAGCUAUUGAAAACAACCUCAACGACGACGAUGUCAUGACGAAUGGAGUAUUGUUCAGCCUUCCAGUCUACACCUCAAGUUACGGCUACAAAAUGAGCCUUGAAGCCCAUCCUAAGGGAGAGUGUGAUGCGAUACUAGAGUGGCCUUUCAGACGGAAGAUCACACUCAGUCUCAUCGAUCAAAGCGAGCAGUGGCGCCGUCAGACUGGGGUGAUAUACCCUGAUGAUGCGCCGCCUCAUUUUAAAGCUUGUUUCGACAGACCCAUUGAGGGUGAUAACGAUAGUUAUGGAUUUUCGUGUGUUUAUAUCACACGGAAUUUAAAUUCAGGCGAGUACAAAAGGAUGACGUCAUCUUCAUCAAGGCGGUAAUCACGUGAAUUAAUUAAACAGGACACCUGCAUUCAAAACAUGUGACACUUUUGAAGUUAACAUUUUAAAAUUCAAAUCGAUUGAAUUUAGCAAACCUCAAUCAGUAGCCUAGGAGUGACUUCCCCUAAAUAGUCACAUAUGAUCGCAGAGAAUAUAGCAAAAAUGGCGUAGUCACAGAAAUGCUCUACCCGAGUGUGUGAUCUUAAUCAAAGAUAAUUUUUGCUUUUUCUAGACUUGUGCACCUAUUUCAUUAUAUUUUCAAUGCCCAAUACUUGUCUUCUAUAGUGAAUCAAUUACUUGAAACCAACAAGCUUAUACACUCCAAGUUAUGGCCCAGCUUUGUACAGUCUCCCCUUACAGACGGGCCAUUAGAUACCACCCUUUCCUGGGAAAUAUCUUAGAUUGCAAGUGUAAAGUGUCUUUCCUGGACAAUAUCUUAGAUUGCAAGUGUAAAGUGUCUUUCCUGGACAAUAUCUUAGAUUGCAAGUGUAAAGUGUCUUUCCUGGAUAAUAUCUUAGCUUGAAAGUUUAAAGCGUCUUUCCUGGAUAAUAUCUUAGAUGGAAAGUUUAAAGUGUCUUUCCUGGAAAAUAUCUUAGAUUGAAAGUUUAAAGUGUCUUUCCUGGACAAUAUCUUAGAUUGCAAGUGUAAAGUGUCUUUCCUGGACAAUAUCUUAGAUUGCAAGUGUAAAGUGUCUUUCCUGGACAAUAUCUUAGAUUGCAAGUGUAAAGUGUCUUUUCUGGAUAAUAUCUUAGAUUGCAAGUGUAAAGUACCUUUCCUGGACAUUAUCUUAGAUUGCAAGUGUAAAGUGUCUUUCCUGGACAAUAUCUUAGAUUGCAAGUGUAAAGUGUCUUUCCUGGACAUUAUCUUAGAUUGCAAGUGUAAAGUGUCUUUCCUGGACAAUAUCUUAGAUUGCAAGUGUAAAGUGUCUUUCCUGGACAAUAUCUUAGAUUGCAAGUGUAAAGUGUCUUUCCUAGACAAUAUCUUAGAUUGCAAGUGUAAAGUGUCUUUCCUGGACAAUAUCUUAGAUUGCAAGUGUAAAGUGUCUUUCCUGGACAAUAUCUUAGAUUGAAAGUGUAAAGUGUCUUUCCUGGUCAAUAUCUUAGAUUGCAAGUGUAAAGUGUCUUUCCUGGACAAUAUCUUAGAUUGCAAGUCUAAAGUGUCUUUCCUGGACAAUAUCUUAGAUUGCAAGUCUAAAGUGUCUUUCCUGGACAAUAUCUUAGAUUGCAAGUGUAAAGUAUCUUUCCGGAACAAUAUCUUAGAUUGCAAGUGUAAAGUGUCAUUCCUGGACAAUAUCUUAGAUUGCAAGUGUAAAGUGUCUUUCCUGGACAACAUCUUAGAUUGCAAGUCUAAAGCAUUUUUCCUGGACAAUAUCUUAGAUUGCAAGCGUAAAGUGUCUUUCCUGGACAAUAUCUUUGAUUGCAAGUGUAAAGUGUCUUUCCGGGACAAUAUCUUAGAUUGCAAGUGUAAAGUGUCUUUCCUGAACAAUAUCUUAGAUUGCAAGUGUAAAGUGUCUUUCCUGGACAAUAUCUUAGAUUGAAAGUCUAAAGUGUCUUUCCUGGACAAUAUCUCAGAUUUCAAGUGUAAAGUGUCUUCCCUGGACAAUAUCUUAGAUUGCAAGUGUAAAGUGUCUUCCCUGGACAAUAUCUUAGAUUGCAAGUGUUAAGUGUCUUUCCUGGACAAUAUCUUAGAUUGCAAGUGUAAAGUGUCUUUCCUGGACAAUAUCUUAGAUUGCAAGUCUAAAGUAUCUUUCCGGAACAAUAUCUUAGAUUGCAAGUGUAAAGUGUCUUUCCUGGACAAUAUCUUAGAUUGCAAGUGUAAAGUGUCCUCCCUGGACAAUAUCUUAGAUUGAAAGUGUAAAGUGUCUUUCCUGGACAAUAUCUUAGAUUGCAAGUGUAAAGUGUCUUUCCUGGACAAUAUCUUAGAUUGCAAGUGUAAAGUGUCUUUCCUGGACAAUAUCUUAGAUUGCAAGUCUAAAGUGUCUUUCCUGGGCAAUAUCUUAGAUUGCAAGUGUAAAGUGUCUUUCCUGGACAAUAUCUUUGAUUGCAAGUGUAAAGUGUCUUUCCGGGACAAUAUCUUAGAUUGCAAGUGUAAAGUGUCUUUCCUGAACAAUAUCUUAGAUUGCAAGUGUAAAGUGUCUUUCCUGGACAAUAUCUUAGAUUGAAAGUUUAAAGUGUUUUUUCCUAGACAAUAUCUUAGAUUGCAAGUUUAAAGUGUCUUUCCUGGACAAUAUCUUAGAUUGCAAGUCUAAAGUGUCUUUUCUGGAUAAUAUCUUAGAUUGAAAGAUUAAAGCGUUUUUCCUGGA